GAUUUAUUUGCACAAUUUUUUCAGGUACCUAGAACAGAGAAGGAUUGGUUGUUUAUUGCGAAACAGUUUGAUGAACUGUGGAAUUAUCCUCACACACUAGGUGCAAUCGAUGGAAAACACGUAAUAAUACAGUGUCCAAUAAGAAGUGGCAGUGAAUUUUUUUCCUAUAAAGAGAUGUUUAGCAUUGUUCUUUUUGCACUUGUUGACGCAAAUUACAACUUCAUGUUUGUCGACGUAGGCUGUCAAGGUAGAAUAUCAGAUGGAGGGGUGUUUGCCAACACAGAGUUAUAUAAUAAACUGGAAACAAAAUCUUUACGUUUACCUCAGCCUACACCUCUAGUUAAUGGCUCAACAAAAUGCAUUCCAUAUUUCAUCAUAGGAGAUGAAGCUUUCGCUCUGACUGAGUAUCUAAUGAAAGUAUACCCUGGGUUUUAUCCAAAAGGGUCUAAAGAACGCAUUUACAACUAUAGGAUUUGCAGAGCACGCAGAAUUGUUGAAAAUGUUUUCGGUAUAGUGUCAUCAGUUUUUCGAGUUCUUAGAAAACCAAUGCUUCUGGAACCUGAAAAGGCAGAACUCGUAGUUAUGACAAUCGCUUGCCUUCACAAUUUCUUAAGAAGGCAAUCAGCAACGAUCUACACUCCCCCUGGAACUUUCGAUUAUGAAGAGAACGGCCAGCUAAUCAGAGGAAGCUGGAGAGCACUUGAAAAUGAAACUCCCACGUCUUUACUUUCUAUCAGAAGAGUGCCUAGGAAGUCAUCUUUGAAAGCAAAAGAAAUCAGGCAGGAACUAACAGAUUAUUUCGUUAAUGAGGGAAGAGUUGAGUGGCAAGAGAAAUAUGCGUAGAAACGCCUAUGAUUAUCGUGAGGCUAUUAUGAAUUUUCAUUUAUGUUUAUGAAUUAGUGCAUACAAUAGUUUAUGAGUUUAUGAAUUAUCAUCACUAUCAAGUACGAACACUUAGAUUAUAAACUAAAAUUUAUUAUUUAAAUUUAAAGUAACUAUAAACCUUCAAUUUUUCGAAAUACUUACAGUGUUAAUAGUUCGACGGGGGGUGUUUUUGUCCAAGAGGAACUUUAAGCUGUCAAAUGCAAACCAUGUACUCUUAUAAAUUUCGUCUGCACCUUUAAAAAUAUAACAAAUUAUAGUUAGUUAGGUAUGGUUAUAGUUUGUGUACGAAAAGUUACUAUAUAUAUAUAUAGCGAUAAAUAGUAUUACUUAUAAUUAAUUGUAAUUGAACUUUCUUCAUGAAUCACAUAAAACUUAUGAGGCAACAGAAGAAACUCAUUUUCCUGGGAAAUCACAACCAAUUCAUAUCCGCUAAAAUUGUUUUUUUUACAGAAAAAUAUUUGCAUUUAUCAAGUACUUACCUUUCCCCGUACCCAUGCUCUUUCUCAUUUUUUAUUUUUCUCUUCUUAAAGCAGAAAGAAGAUAUUCCAUCUUCUUUUUGCAAUGCUCGACCGAUAUUCCAGUGUCACGCGCGAUUUCCUCCCAUGCAUCAUUUUUUUUAAGCGAUUAAAAUGAUGCGGAUUUGUUGCACUCCAAAGAAUAGAUUUUUCUUUAUAUACAUUUAUUAAAUCAAGUACUUUGUCUUGCGACCACUCCAUUCUGACAUCAAGUAACCGCCAGAUACGAAGCAACACGACUGAAUAGCGAAAGCGAUGCUGCCUUGUCAGAUGUAGAGUCCUUGUAGUAAGAGUCUGGCAAGGGUUGACGCAAAAUGGCGUCUGGUCUGUUCGUUAUCGCUG